GUCGUUUCGCCUGGGUCUGUUGUGCAUGGCCGAGAGACAGGAGUCUUUGAGCGGCCAUUGGAAGCACUGGGAGUGCUCUCUGCCUCGGGCUCUUCUUUUGGCGUGCUAGACAGGAGUUGCCAUGUCUCUUGCGUCAUCGCCUUUGAAAGUCUGCAUCGUGGGCUCAGGAAACUGGGGAUCUGCUGUGGCUAAAAUAAUAGGCAAUAAUGCAAAAACACUGCAGAAGUUCGCCUCAACAGUGAAAAUGUGGGUUUUUGAAGAAACCAUUAAUGGAAGAAAACUGACAGAUAUCAUAAAUAAUGACCAUGAGAAUGUAAAAUAUCUCCCUGGGUACAAGCUACCAGAAAAUGUGGUUGCUGUCCCAAAUCUGAAAGAUGCUGUACAAGAUGCAGACUUGUUGGUUUUUGUUAUUCCCCACCAGUUCAUUCAAAAAAUCUGUGAAGAGAUCACUGGGCGUGUAGCCAAGAAAGCUGUUGGUAUAACUCUCAUUAAGGGAAUAGACGAAGGUCCGGAAGGACUCAGACUUAUUUCUGACAUAAUCCGUGAGAAAAUGGGAAUAGAUGUCAGUGUGCUGAUGGGAGCCAACAUUGCCAACGAGGUAGCCGCGGAGAAAUUCUGCGAAACCACAAUAGGCUGUAAAAUUUUGGAGAAUGGCCUCCUCUUCAAAGAACUUCUUCAGACUCCAAACUUCCGAAUAACUGUGGUGGAUGAUGCUGACACAGUUGAACUUUGUGGUGCUCUUAAGAACAUCGUGGCAGUGGGAGCUGGCUUCUGUGAUGGUCUCCGCUGUGGCGAUAACACCAAAGCAGCUGUCAUUAGACUUGGACUAAUGGAAAUGAUUGCGUUUGCCAGGAUCUUCUGCAAGGGGCAGGUGUCCACUGCAACUUUCCUGGAGAGCUGCGGGGUUGCAGAUCUCAUCACGACCUGUUAUGGUGGCCGCAAUCGAAGAGUGGCAGAAGCGUUUGUUAAAACAGGAAAGUCUAUUGAAGAAUUGGAGCAUGAGAUGCUGAAUGGACAAAAGCUUCAAGGGCCACAGACCUCUGCAGAGGUGUAUCGCAUCCUCCAGCAGAAAGGAUUAGUGGAAAAAUUUCCACUAUUUGCUGCCGUUUACCAAAUCUGCUAUGAAGAAAAACCUGUGCAAGACAUGAUCUCCUGUCUCCAGAGUCACCCAGAGCACAUAUAAAACAUGCUUUGCCAUUGUCACAGCUCCUGCCUUCUCAUACUCAUAUGUGAAUUCCAACGCUAAUAAUUUAAGCUUCCUAAGAAGCUAUUCCAGGAAGAAAUCGUAGCAAUAUGAAUGUCUAUGGACUUGAGUAGGUCGUUUUUCUUUGAAAUACUCAUGCAACUCCUAGCACUGUCAUUUCUACUGGCUUUCAGAUAUACAGUGCAGGACUUAUACACUCCUCUAAGUAUAUAGGUAUAUCUCUUCGCACUAUGGGAGAUACUUCAUGUUUUUGAAAUCUUUCCUUUAAUGUUUCAUGAAGGGACCCAACGAGAGCCCACCAGUGAUUAUGGGUGGGGGAGAGAGAUCCUCUUCCUUUGUGGUAAGGAUGAACACCUCUAGGUUCUGGACUACAGUCCCCAUCAACCCCAGCCAACAUGGCCAAUAGUCACUACUGAUGGGAGUUGUAAUCCAACAACAUCUGGAGGGGCAUAGGUUCCCCAGCCUUACUUUUAUGGGAUUUGGAUAUAGCCUUAAAGGUUGACUUGAGGCUCUUUUGCUGAAAUGGGCUGGACAGCCACCUCUCAUGGAUGGUUUAAUUGGUUUUCCUGCACAUUGAAGAGGGUUGGACUAGAUGAUCCUUGCGGUCCCUUCCAAUUCCACAAUUCUAUGAUUCUGUAGUGCACAUCUAGCUUUGAAUCAGGUUUGCAUGCCCCCCCUUUUUAGAUGAACUAACAAACAUUCUAAAGGGAAUCAAUUUGAUAGUAUUUAUUUGUUGAGGGAAGGACACUUUGACUUUAAGCAGAGUUUUUGAACGAGAUUUUAAGAAAUGUUUCCCCCCCCCCUAAAUGUGCUUUAAGUGGGGAGCAAUCUCUUUUUAAGGGGAGUACUGUAGACAGUGAUGUCGCUUAUUUUUAUCCUCUCUCUGGCUUGUUUGAGUUUCUCCUUUUUCUCUUCCUGAGCUUGUGUACCAGGUCAGGGCACUGAUGGUCAUAGCGUUGGUGCUUAGCAUCACACCUUUUACACAACAACAACAACAGGUGGUUUGGGACAUGCAGAUCCAAAGCUGCCCUUAUCCUAGCUGGGUUCAGUCAGAGGUGAUGCCAUGAGCGGGGGGGGGGGGGCAGGGGGGGAAGUUGUGUGAAUGCUCUGUUUUGGCACAUGUAUGUGGCAAGAUUGUGACUCGUCACUCCUUUGAGUAACCCACCUUUUGAAGGAAUUUCCAAAUGGUACUCAGAUGGGCUCCUACUGCUAGUCUGGAGCCAUGUUCGGAUGUUCCAGUAAUGGUCAGUACUGGGGGAUGGGGAGGGGUGUCCCUGUGGUUUUAUCGCUUUAGUUAUUUGUCCACUCCUGGAAUUGCAUUAAAAAGGGCCAGAAGAGAAUCAUUCCCCUGCUCUCCCUUUCCACAAGAAGGUUCCUACAUUGCUGGGGUUGGGGGGACGGGACUCAGGACCUAUAGUCCAAUCUUAUGCAUGUCUACUCAGAAGUAAGCCCUAUUGAAUUCCAUGGGACUUACUGUCAGGUAAGUCUGUACAGGGUUGCAGCUCUUGUGGUUUCAUAGUUCUUUAUGCCAGCACUAAGUGUGGUUCUGAUCCACAAGCUGACAUUUCUGGUAUUGCGCCUUCCAGCACUCGAAGGGUUGCAUUAUUGUAGGUAACCCACUAGGGGCUGCUCAGAUUACCGCACACUAAGGAAUGUGUUGGGAAUUCCCAUUAGCGCAUGAUUGUAUCAUUCAGUGAACUACAUUAAAUUGAUAACUGUGCUUUUUUUCAGUGCCUGUUAUGACUGCUGUUUGGUUACCUUUUGAAAUCUGCUUAAUGGUAUCCCAUUGCCUUGAAAUAGAAGUUUCUAGAACCUAUUCCUAGUCUAAGCUGCCUUCAUUUCUGUGGUGUCUUAAAACAAGGGUGGCCAAUAUGUGACUCACAGGCAACAUGCUCAAAUACAUACACUGGCCUAUUGUGUAGCCCACACUGCCCCAUUACCAUUGCUAAAUUUGCUCAGUGGCAGGGAAAAAAGUGGUAACUUUCGUUGAAAACAAAACUUGUGGGGAGCGUGCAGCUUGAUUUCAAGCAAAAUCACCACCAAACUUUGGCAGCAAGGGGGGGGUAGAGGUUUGACCCCCCCCCCCAGUGGGUCCAGGAGGCAGUGUGACCCCUUGACCCCCUAGAAAUUGCCCACCCUUGUCUUAAAGGAAUUAAAGAAUGAGUUUAAGGAUCUGAAACACGGGGUUACCUCUUUAUGAUGAAGGAAAGAUACCUGUAUCUUUUGAAAAACUGAGUUAUAAAUAUUUAGAUUAAGACUAUUUGAUGAUUGAACAGUCUGGAGAUGAAUGCAACUGUGUAAAGUAACAGCAGUUUAUCCUGUGCUGAUACAGGCAUUCCCUAUUAUUUAUUAAAUUUAUAUCUCACCUUUCCUCCAAGGAGGUGUAAGUGGUGUAUAUGGUUCUUCCUCCCUCUUUAAGUUAUCCUCACAACAAGCCUGUGAGGUAAGUUAGGCUGAAAGAUAGUCAUUGGCCCAAGGUUACCCAGUGAACUUCAUGGCUGAGUGGCUGGAUUUGAACCUGGGUCUCCCCAGUCCUUGUCUGGGGAUUGGGUUUGAGCAUUAUACUCUUUUGUCUUAAGUAUUCAAAAUGCAGGUCCUAUAUGACCCAUGAGCAACCUAGAAUACAUUUUUAUUCUAGGAUGGUCCUGUUCUAAAUUCAAAUUCCCAAGUGAAUUAUUGUGCAAUUUGGAUCAUGGUUAAACCUUGUGAAUGAGGAUUGCUUCCCCCUUAUGAUUUUUUUUUAAAGUGUAGGUUUUGUGUAGAUAUGGACCAUGGAGUUCUUUGUGGGUGGCAAUUGCAUUUACAUGCAUUUGCUAUUUGUAUGUGGAUUUCACACUGUUUUCUAUACAUGCUUUUUGCAUAAGGGAAGAAUAACGUGGGAAGCCGCCUUCAGAACAGUAGCUUUGUGUAUGUCAUGGGGGUGUGGCUGUGCCCCUCCAGAUGUUAGACUACAACUCCCAUCAGCCCUGCCAGCAUGGUUAAUAUAUAUGGAUGAUGGGCAUUGUAGUCCUGCCAGCCCAGUAGGGAAGCUUGGAGGGCCACAGGUUUCUCCUCCUGGAAAGUUGCUUCACUGUAGCAAUGGGAUUUCAAAAACUCUGAAUGUGUUUUGAUUCUCUGCACCAGUGAGAAAUGUGAAAGCAGCAGCCCUCAAUUUUAUGGGAUACAUUUUUUGUGUUACUCUCUUGAUUUCAUGUUCUGUUGACUAAUGAUGGUCUAGACUUGAAUGUAAUGGGCCAGCAUGAGAUUUGUUUAAAAUCUAAGGACAGCACCUUUGAUAGAGCAGCUAAGCCAGCCAUUUAUAAGGUAUGUUGGGAACAGAAAACACACACUCCUCUUUAUGGUAUAUAAAGUCUGCUGGGACUAAUAUGAAAUUCCGACCCUGCUUUUAAUAAUUAAUAUUCCAGUUUAAUAAUGCCUUUAUUUUUAACAUGCAAUAUGUAUAACCAUUUACUCUCUGUGUAACACGUAAAGGGCUAUGUAAAUGUGGUAAGUUACAUGAACUGUUGAAUCACUUACAAUGAUUUACUACGCAUAAUGAAAUGAAGACUCCCCCACCCCCUGUAAAGCCAUUUGGCUUUUGAAAUCUGAUGGCCGUAUUACUGAAUGAUUUCUCCACUCAUUGUUUUUAUUUUUUCAAUAAAACAUAGGAUUCUGUUUU